UCAGCUAUGUAAAAACGCAUACUAUAAAACAAAAACUUGAUUCCAAAACUCUCUCACACACAAACUCACAUUCCUUUUUUUAUUCGUCUAAUCUUUCUCUUGAUUUCUCUCAUGGCUAGGAGUAGUGGAAGCCUCAAAUUAGAGAUCAGCACCGACGACAAGACGCCGGGAAAGUGGAGCGUACCGCUUGGCGAGGACGUUUUCCGGAGUUUCUUGAGCAGCGGAGGAGGCUCGGAGAAGGUUGUGUUCAGCGAGGGAUCUAUUUUCAGCCCUUUUUUGUUCGGGAAGUACUUUGAUCCGUCAGAUGCGUUUCCUUUAUGGGAAUUCGAGGCGGAUGUUUUGCUGGGGAGCCUCAGGAGCUUAGGACAGAGUAGAGUCGACUGGUCUCAAACCGAUCAAGCUUAUGUCCUUAAAUCGGACCUCCCCGUGGUGGGGAAAAAUAACGUGCAGGUGUAUGUGGACGUUAAUGGAAAAGUGAUGGAGAUUAGCGGCCAAUGGAAAACGGCGGCCAACGGCGAUUGGAGAAGCUGCCGGUGGUGGGAAUACGGCUACGUCCGCCGUCUCGAGCUUCCCGGCGAUGCCGACCUCAAAAACUCCGAAGCUUUCAUCUCAAACAAAGACGGCUACUCUUUCUUAGAGAUCAAAAUCCCCAAGAACAAGUAUUAAUAUGUUGUGUCAUCCGUUGAUGAGCAUUAAUUUUAGUUUUUCUUAUGUAGAAUGAUAUGUAAUACUUUUCUGUGGUGGACACACAAAUAUCAUGAACGAUACUAUACAUGCGUAUAUACUAUAUUUGAGCGGAA